CAUUAGUCAUAAUACACACAAUAAAUAAAAUGUAAAUUUUUAUAUAUUAAAAAAAAUUUUUAACAUGCAAUUUUUAUUUGAUAUUAGGAUGGCGAAAUCCUUGAACCGGGUCUUCCAGCUUAUCCUUUUAGAUGAAUUGAUAGGCAACAUUAUUGUACUCGCUAUUUCGAUGUACUUUUAGUAGUACGCUUUCUUUUGUAUUUAAUAUAUAUUUUUAUAUAUAACUCUUUAGAAUCUAUUAAUUUAAAAAUAUAUUUUUUUUAAUUUACAGAAUAUAGAUGCGUCGCAGAUGGCAACUUCCUUUAUUCGUUCGGUUUCUUCUAUUUUUUUUCUAUUUUUUUAGGAAUAAUUUUUAAUUAUGUUUUUAAACAAAAUACAUUUGUUUGUUUAUACUCUAAAAUUUCUUUAGUAUAUGUCCGCAUGUAUUACAAUAGAAUAUCUAUUAAAUAUUUAGUUAAAUAAUUUAAAAUGCACAGCAUUUAUUUUAUUAUUAUACGGGAAAAGUAUUAUUCCACAGUUGCGAUCAGAAUUACACUGCACAAUAUUUUUGCCUUGGAAAUUUGUGGAGCUGGAUUUUUUGCAUACACAGUCUAGAACAAAUUGACAGUAAUUUGCAUCUGUUAUCGUCCAAAUUUACGUCGAUGUGAAGAACCAAUUAUGAAGAAUAUAGUUCGAUUUUACCUGAGAUUAAACGCACAGGUGGUUUCGGUAACACACUUAUAUACAAUUUAUACUUAAUUUUGGGCGCAGUUAUUAUCCGGCCUGUCGUCUAUUCCCAGAUUCUAUAGACAGCUCACGAAAACAGAGAUUACUUGCGCUCUCGCAUUCGUAUAUUCGGUGCAGUUUCAUGCGAGCUCCCGAAGGAAGAACAGUGUAAGGUGCGAUGCAGGAUCAAAAAGAUUUGGAUCGUGCGGCCGAAUUGUUAUCUUGGAACAAAAGACUAAUGUCGAUGUUGGGUGUUUGGCCUUUUCAUUCCAGCGAUCUUAUUUUCUCGAUUAAUUUUGGCUACUUCAGUUUCCUCAUGAUUCUAGAAUAUCUGGAUCUCCUUCUUUGCAUCGAUAAUCUUGAAGAAGUGAUCAUGAAUUUGACAGAAAACAUGGCGUUCUCGCAGAUAUUUGUGCGAAUAAUUACGCUGCGGUUAUAUAACAAUCAAUUUGGUGAGAUCAUAACGGAGGCUAUGAAGGACUUUGAUAGGACGAGUUACAAAACCACCGAGGAAAUGAAGGCAUUUAUCACCUACAAUUCUAGGUCAAAGAUCUUCGUCAAGCUGUUGAUGCUAUUUGUCGCGCUGACAGCUUCAUCAUAUUAUUUAACUCCGAUUAUUAUUAUCCUAGGAACUGGUUCAUUGCCUCAAAUACCGAUCAGCGAAAACGCGACUCAAAUAAUUUAUCUGUUGCCUUAUCGCUUUCACCUGUUCUACGUGGUCGAAAACAUGCGUACGUAUGUGAUCACGUACGCCUUGCAAAUGCCGUUCGUCUUCGUCAGUGGUUUCGGACAAAGCGCCUCUGACUGUAUUAUGGUCACCCUCGUCUUUCAUAUUUGCGGUCAAAUGUCGGUUCUAGCUUCGCGCAUUAACAAUAUAGGAACUAACAAUGAGCUCUGCGAUUGCAGGGUGGAGGUGCGGCAUGUCGUGCUCAUGCAUUUACGAUUAUUGCGGAUGGGAACGACAAUAAGACAAAUAUUUAGUAUGACGUUGUUGGUCCAUCUUUUAGGAGCUACUUCUCUUGUAUGCAUCCUCGGUUAUCAAAUUUUAACGAAUUUUGCUAAGGGCGAGAGAGGAGUGCUUAUUACAUUUUUAAUAUUUCAAUUCUUAGUCCUGCUUAUACUUUACGCUCACUGCACCGUUGGUGAAAGCCUUUUGACAGAGAGUGCAAAAGUGUGCGAAGCAUUUUAUGAUUGCCAAUGGUACAAUAUGUCAAAGAGUAAUGCACGAAUGAUAAUAUUAUGCAUGGCGAGAUCGCAAAAACCGCUCUGCCUGACAGCCGGGAAAUUUACCAACAUUUGCCUCAGUACUUUGACCGACGUAAGCCAAUGUUUUACGCGCGCAUUUGCAAAGUUUUUAAAAUAUAAAGUAAAAUAUACAUUUUUUAAAUAUAAAUUUUCUAAAUGAAACUUUACCUCUAACUUUAAUCAUCUGAAAUAUCGUCGGUGAUAAUAAGAAUGCGAAAGCACGGCUCAGAAAUAAGUUGUUUUAACAGGUUUUGAAAACUGCCAUGGGAUACCUAUCAGUAUUACGCUCCUUUUUAUAACGACAUUGAAGAGCAAUAAUUUUUUAGAGCGUGUGCAAAGAUAUAAUUUAAUUGACUCAAAUAGAAAUAAAUGUACAAUUAAUAAUAAAGAGAGAGAGAGAGAGGAGCGUUAUUAUCGUCUAAAAAUUGUCUUUGUGAUAAAUUGUUUUUAUGUAAUAUACGUUACGUAAAAGAGAUAAUUAUUUUUAAACAAUUUAAUACAUAAAAGAUUACAUUUGUAAUUAUUUAAGAUACUAUUUGCAUGUCAUACAUAGUUCCGUACACGUUACUGUUACGUGUUUACUAGGAAGAAAAAAAAUUCCAUAUGAAUUGCACGAUUAGUAUGCUUUAAUGGACUUGCGUUCAAAAGAGGUGUCGCUUGAUUUAAUGUUGUCUUAUAUAAUCUCAAUCUAUGUCUGGUACAUUUCUAAUACUAUUAUUACUACCGCUACUACAUAUUUUAGUUGGACGCGUUCAAAGGUUAUCGUCUCAUAAAAAUUAAAUAGCUAGCUGCUAGAUCAACAAAUCGAUCAACUGUUAGGUCGUUAAAAGUAAAGCGAUUAGAAAAAGUGUCAAUAAUUU